CAGCGCUCACCACUACCGGUAGAUUGGGAGAGAUGGGAGAGAGGGGAGAGAGGGAGAGAUUUACAGGAGGGCUGCAGAGUGAGUGAACAGGUUCCAGCAUCGUCGCAUCCAGGGUGGACCCGACCCACUGAUUGCAGGACGCAUGGAGUUUAAGCAUCGCCUGCUCUUUGAGCUUCUCCUUUACCUUCGAAAAUGAAUAGUGCAUGUCGGUCCGUGUAUGAAUGCACACUUAUCUGUGUGUGAAACCAAGACGCUGUUGGCAGCAAAGUGCGGUUGAACUCUAUCACCACUGACACCUGUCAAUCAGCUAACAAGAAGAGGAGAGAAGAAACAAAACCAGGGAUAGAGAAGAAAAGAAGGCCAAGCAUCUUUCAGGAUGUGAGUAAGCACAAAGCUGAUCUUUACCUUCACAAAAAGCAUUGGAGGAGCAGUUGCUUCAAAGAUGGGCCUGUGUGUUGGUCUGCUACCUCUACUGCUGCUACUUCCCAUCCUGCUCUCUGCUCAGCUCACCACUGUGUCUGAACUUGAGGACACGUCCAGCUUGGAGUUCACCCCAACUCCUUGUCUUACUGACCCAAAUACUGUAGCGGGGAAGAACUCGUCUUCCAGUGCUCGACCCACCAGUCCGGCUCCAGUAAAAGCGAGCACGGAGGAGGACCAGUCUGCCGCGGAGAGCUACCUCUACACUGGCAAUUCGUCUUCUUUGGCUGCCUCUACCUGCACACGGAGUUUCCAGCUGCCUGUUCGACUGGGAUCUCCGCCUAGAGACCUUCUCCCUCUCUUGCACCAAGCCAUAGCGUCUCUGACCAAUGCUGCCAACUUUCUCAACCUGAUAUUCCAAGCUAGUGAGCUGAGAGAAACAAGUGUACGAGAGGAUAUCGAGUGGUACCAUGCACUGGUGCGGGCCAUGCUUGAAGGGGACAGGCCGGGCCUGGUCAGACGAGCUUUUCUAACAUUCGAUGCCGACCCCACGAUCCUACAGCCCCAACUGGUGCUCCAUGCCUCCAAAGGCACAACCCAGGACAUUCUUCUGCAGGACCUGACGUCUGCCUGGAGCAGCUUCCAUCCUCCUGCACCUGACCAAAGCUGGUUCGAUAUGUUUAAGUCUAGCUCUCCACCCCUCCAUGCCUUGUCGAAACGGGUUCUUCUAAAUGACCUAAGCACCCUAGAUACUCCCAAGUGGGCACGUGGGGAUAGUUAUGUGAUCAAUAGCAGUGGGGUUCAGUGGGGCGAAGCCCCUUUCCUUGAGUGCAUUGAUGGCCGUUUUUUGCCAGGGUGGUUACUCAGUUUCUCAAUGCCAUUUUAUGGGUUGAAGCCAGACCUCAACCCAGAGUUCCGGGGUGUUAUCCGUGUCGACGUCAACAUCCAGGGAUUCAAUGUGGAUCAGUGUGCCAGUGGAGACUUCUGGUUUGCAAACACACAUCAAUGUAAUCAGACCAGCAUGGAGUGUGAAUCCAUCCCGCAACAGGGCUUCCGGAUGGGCCAGUACUGCUGCCGAUGUAAAAAGGGCUACUACAGUCCAAAUCCAGACACAGAAAACAAAACUUCCCCUCUCCACUUCUCACCCGUUUCUUCUCUCCAUCUUUCUAUCUCUCAGCGGAUCCGAUCGUCGGGGCUUUUGCUGCUGGAGAUGAUCCUGUGUGGCUCUCUGUUGCUUUACUUCCCAGUCUUCAUUUUAUACUUCAAACCCAGCACUUUCCUGUGUAUUCUGCUCCGUUGGGUCCGUCUGCUUGGCUUCGCUAUUGUUUAUGGAACUGUGACGCUCAAGAUGUACCGGGUUCUGAAGGUGUUUCUGUCGCGUACGGCCCAGAGAGUGCCAUACAUCACCACCACAGGUGUGCUGAGGAUGCUGGGAGUUAUAGUGCUUACUGUCAGCUGGUUCCUGUGUGCGUGGACCGUGGGCGUCCUUCAGAAUCGACACAGGAAUGCUCCACUGCUGAUCAUUUCCACCACCUCAGAAGGACAAGGCUUCAAUGUCUGCGACCUGGACCGGUGGGACUACAUGAUGGCUGUGGCGGAGCUGUUAUUUCUGUGCUGGGGCAGUUUCCUGUGCAGUGCAGUGAAGACGGUACCUUCAGCAUUUCACGAACCACGUUACAUGAGCAUCGCAAUCCACAAUGAGCUACUGCUCUCCUCCGCGUUUCAUCUUUUCAGAUUUGCAAGACCAUCAAUUCAUCCUGACUGGAUGCUCUUGCUGUUCUUCACUCACACGCAUGUCACAAUUACUGUAACGCUCGGCCUGCUUUUUGUACCCAAGUUUCUCCACAUGUCUCGGCCCGGCCGAGAGGAAAUAGCUGCAGAAGUAUAUGAGGAUGAGGUGGACUUGCGACACUCGUGUUCUUACCUCAACAGUAGUUUCAACUCAAAUUGCUGGAGUGACCACAGCCUGGACCCUGAUGACAUUCGGGAUGAGCUGAAGAAACUGUAUUCUCAGCUGGAAGUCCACAAGACCAAGAGGAUGGCAAACAGCAAUCCCCACCUUCCGAAGAAGCGCAGUUCUCGCCUCAGCAUUGGACGGUCCCUUAUAAAACGGAUCAGUGAGAUCCCAGAAAGUUUAAGCAGGCAAUGCAGUCGUGAAGAUAAGGAUGUCAAUGCUGCAAUAGGAAGUAUAACCCGAUCAGGAUCUUAUUACAAAAGUCAUCAGACCACAAGCAUUAACAAGAUAAAUGAAACUUUAAUGCAGCCCUCUCCAAAGCUGCGGAAGUCCCAUAGUGCCUAUGAUUGUACCCCAGAAAGGGAGGUCUCCCUAUUAAACUCCUCCAUAAGGAGCAAACAGAAAAGGGUUUCACUGCAUUCUGACUCAGGAUCCAUCAACGCAACAUUGCUGGUCUGCAAGUCUGCCAGUGCCCACAAUCUAUCGGUAGACACUAACCUUCUACUUCCAGAGCCCAGCAGGUUUCAAAAGUCACUUAGUGUCAUAGAACGCAAUGACCAUCGCUCUGUGACUCCUUGUAGAAGCACUGGAAAUGUGUCGCUUGCUGGCAAAGCUGCCCCAGCAGAUAAGCCCCAGCUAACUGUGGAUGUUGAUAUAAAGAGGCAGACUUCAAGUGCCUUGCUCUCAGAGUCAUUUGACAAGGCCGAGGUCUGCCCGUGGGAGGUUCCAGAGGAGCUCCCUGCAAACAAGAACCAAAAACAUGUCACAUAUUCCAUUUCGAAACAAGAAGAACCCAAAUCACCUGGUGCUACCUCGUCACCAACGAUGCUAUAUGUUUGUCCAUGGGAAUUCUUGCCACCGCCUACUCCUCCUGCAACAGAAACUGGGAAUGGUAUUCAGUCAGAUGUUGAUUCCACAAAACCCAAGCCUCUGAUCUCCUGUAGCGCUCCAGGGUCGCCACACACAAUCUCCGGCAAGCCAAAGGACUUUCAGGUUUUAUCUUUCCGCUCCACUACCCAAAGUCUCCUUGCAGCAAAAGGCAUUGGAGAAGUUGGAAGAAGUAUGAGCAGAGAGAAAAGCCUACAAGAAAGUAAUGUUAGGGAGGGAACACUACAGAAAUCUUUGUCUACAUCCAUGAGAUUGUACCCAGGCAGUGCAGCUUCAGACAAGCGUACCCCUCAGACACACAGACGGGCUAUGACUACCGUAGGCACAAAACCUUGCCUUGUCAAACAAACAACAAUACGGUUGCCAUCUACUGAUUCUCCUGAAAGGAGUCCCAAACAUUCUGCUCCAGUUCACAUCUGUCCAUGGGAGUCAGAGGAGGUGGUCAUGGAGGUCAGGAAGCAUCAUUUGAAUGACAAUGUAUUACAAAGACAAUAUAGUGACAAGCAAGUACUAUCUGCGACAGUAAGUAAUGAUGUCUUCAAACAGCCUGAGUUUCAACUGAAAUCAUUAUUGGCUGUUCCUAAUACAGAAGUGUGUCCAUGGGAUGUCCCAAAACCUUUUCAUCAAACCAGCAUUUCUGAAGUCUGUCCUUGGGAGGUUGUGGAAGUAGAGCAAUUGCAAACCAAGAGCAUACAUACUGAUGUCUGUCCUUGGGAAACAGAUGGUGAGCCAUCAAGAGUCACUGAAGACAAUAUAUAUAAUACCAAUGUUGAAGUCCCUAUGUCUGAAGACACCCAGAAGCAGGUAAAUGUGAAGCCUGAAGCAUGCUCUUCUUAUGUACUAGACACAAAUAUCUCUCAGGUUAGACAGGGAUCCAUCAAAACCUCUAGUGACUCAAUAAAACAUGGUGAAAGGGUAAUUUAUGUUAACGCAAGACAAAGUUCAGUAGACCAAGAGAUGCAGAGAGACGCAGGUUCAGAGGAACCAAGUUAUAUACUGAAACGAGAUGAAAGUGAUUUUCCUGAACCACCCCCACCUGUAACUGAAGUAAGCCCUUGGGAGUCUGAGCCAAAUACAAAAGACGCUACAAGACAGUCUUUAAAAGAGACCAUGCCUAAGAAAGCAACCAUUUGUCCGUGGGAAGCAGAGGAUUCUGGGAGGUCAGAAGAGAAGGUGGGAGCUACAAACAAGGGGCCAGUUCAUGUAAAUGUGUGUCCAUGGGAAACAAGUGAGUCUGUGAAGACCACACAGAAACAAGAAAGUGUCUGUGGAGAUGUCUGUCCAUGGGAGACAAAAGAAUCAGUCGAGACCUUACAGAAGCAAGAAGGUGUUCGUGAAAAUGUUUGUCCUUGGGAAACAGAAGACAUAACGAAGACCAUGCAGAAACAAGAAAGUGUUCAUGCAGAUGUCUGUCCAUGGGAGACAGGAGAGCCAGCAAAAACAAUGCAGAAACAAGGAAGUGUCCAUGCAGAUGUUUGUCCUUGGGAGACAGGAGAGCCAGCAAAGACAAUGCAGAGACAAGAAAGUGUCCAUGCAGAUGUUUGUCUAUGGGAGACAGGUGAGCCAGCAAAGACAAUGCAGAAACAAGAAAGUGUCCAUGCAGAUGUUUGUCCUUGGGAGACAGGAGAGCCAGCAAAGACAAUGCAGAAACAAGAAAGUGUCCAUGCAGAUGUUUGUCCUUGGGAGACAGGAGAGCCAGCAAAGACAAUGCAGAAACAAGAAAGUGUCCAUGCAGAUGUUUGUCCUUGGGAGACAGGAGAGCCAGCAAAGACAAUGCAGAAACAAGAAAGUGUCCAUGCAGAUGUUUGUCCAUGGGAGACAGGUGAGCCAGUCAAGACCUUGCAGAAGCAAGAAAGUGUCCAUGCAGAUGUUUGUCCUUGGGAGACAGGAGAGACAACAAAGGCCUUGCAGAAACAAGAUAGUGUUCUUGCAGAUAUCUGUCCAUGGGAGACAGGUGAGCCAGUGAAGACCCUCCAGAAACAAGAAAGUGUCGACUCAGAUGCCUGUCCGUGGGAGGCAAAACAAUCACCCAAACAAUCUGUGCCACAAGACUGCACUCAUGCCAUCUCCUCAAAAAGGCAAGACAGUGCUCAAGAAUCUGUCUGUCCCAGGGAAAAUGAUAUGGGAACACCACCAGCAACAGAAAGCAGCACAAGUCGAACUGCCCCAGAUAUAAGUGAGAUACACCCUUCAGACACAGGCACACAGACAGCAGAAGAGAUGAGAGUUAACCCUCCUCUGGCUCGGCGUGAUGCACUGUGCCCUUGGGAUAUGGGAGGGGGCAGACAAGAAUCUAUAACAGUGCAUGAUAAUUUAGAUGUCUUCACUUCGGAGGAGGCGAUACCAGAGGAAGAUGAUGGUGAUGCAGAAACUGCUGCAGAGGCCUUCAUCUUCCCUCCAGACUUGUGAACUGCGAGGGCAGUAUCAUUGUGCUUUAUACAGCUUGAAAGACUCGUUGUGACAAAAUGGACCACUGGUCACACUUUUCAGCUUUAUGCAGAAUGUCCCUCUAAUGUCAUCAGCACACUUCACUGACUGUUAUUUAAGAAAGGAUUCCACCUAUGCCAACUUUCUCCCUCUUCAGCUUAACAAACCAUAUCUGAAGACUGACUGCUAUUAAGACAGACUGCUCUCCUGUGCACAUUCCCUUUUGGCCUUACAUUAACACAAACACCCUGUUUAAUUUGGUAUUGUUUUGUGUGUAUUUGUGUUCAUAUGGCUAUGUAGAUUAUAUUGUCCGUAAAUCCUACGUCACCAACAUACCCUGGGUGGAACUAAGUCUGAUUUAACACAUUAUCAGUAAAAAAAACACUGCACUAAUAUUACUAAGUAACUAAGUUAAAAGACGAGCUGUCCUGAUAUACACACCAAUGUUGCUAGUCUUAAAAGUUGUUCAUGUUUAACAGCUCUUUGGUCUACACAAAUGUUUAGACAAACUUAACAAAUUUAAUAGGAUUUUGUAGCAUGUUUCAUGUCUCAAAUAAGGCAUUUUCAAACUGGUUAAUUUACAAAUCUACAGGGUAGCACCAUUGUAUUUUUCUGACAAGG